UUGCUUCUGAUUCGUUCACUGCUCUAAAUUGUUUCUGAGCAGGUUGGGAAACGACUGGGAUCCUCGCUCUGCUGUAGGACGCUGUGUGGAACAAUUGUAGGAGAAAUGUGGAAGAAGUUAGAAUCUUGGGUGCGUAAAAUCGGAUGAAGUCUGUCACUGGGAGGUUUUUGCGCACGGAUGGUGUUGCGCUCUAGGAGAACUGCGCGCCUGAAUCUGGACCGCUUGUUUUUAGCUGCUUGAUUUCUGCUUCAUAGAUGAAAACCCAACCGGAGAAACCUUUUCCCGGUGGGAUUAGGACCUCCUUUGUCUGCGACCAAAAGAGACCAUGUCGGACAACUUCACUGAUCCGAUCAACGAGUCGCUACCUGCGCCUCAGAUCGCUCACUACAACUUCCCAGCGCUCAUUUUCGGGAUUUUGCUGAUCAUCACUGUUACUGCUGGAAAUGUGUUGGUGUGCCUCAGUGUUUAUUUGGAGAAGGCUUUAAAAACUACAACGAAUUACUUUAUAGUGAGUCUGGCUUUUGCGGAUUUACUGCUGGCGGUGCUGGUUCUGCCGCUCUUUGUUUACGCAGAGUUCCAGGGCGGAGUUUGGACCUUAAACAUGACAAUAUGCGAUGGUCUGAUGACCAUGGAUGUGAUGUUGUGCACUGCAUCGAUCUUCAACCUCUGUGCCAUCAGCGUGGACCGGUUCAUUGCAGUGUCCAUACCGCUAAAUUACAACCGCAAACAUGUGGACUACCGCCAGCUCAUCCUGCUCUCUGCCACCUGGCUCCUGGCCUUAGCAGUCGCCUCUCCGGUCAUCUUCGGUAUCAACAACGUGCCAAACCGUGACCCCAGAGAGUGUAAACUGGAGGAUAACAACUAUGUGAUCUACUCCUCCGUCUGCUCUUUCUUUAUCCCCUGCCCCAUCAUGGUCUUGUUAUAUUUUGGGGUUUUCCAAUCCCUGAAGCGGUGGGAGGAGGCCCGUAAGGCCAAACUACGCUGCAGCAUUGAGGCUUGCAGGAAGCUGCAGCAGACCACCAUGGCCCUUCCCACAAUGACAGGGACCAUUCCUGGGGCCCUGCCCAUGCCCUUGCCCAGGAUCAUCGAGAGGGACCUAGUUCAGUCUCGGAUGGACGACUCGGGUGACUACAUCCAGCAGGAGAUUCCUUACCCUCGACAGUACAGGGAAAACUCUUUGCCAACAGUGAGGUUCCAGCAGCAAAAUGUCAAGAAGAGGGCAAAGAUCAACAGCAGGGAGAGGAAAGCUAUGAAGGUCCUACCUGUUGUAGUGGGCUGCUUCUUGUUGUGUUGGACGCCAUUCUUCGUGGUGCACACGUUGAAAGCUCUUUGCCUGAAAUGCAACAUUCCCAACGCGCUGACGAGCACCUUCACCUGGCUGGGUUAUGUCAACAGCGCCCUCAAUCCAAUCAUCUACACCAUUUUCAACACAGAGUUCAAGAAGUUCUUCAAGAAAUGUUUCCGCAGCUGCUGCUGACACCAAUUUACCUCCACAGACUCAUUAAACUGAACGAACAUAGAAGGUCGGGUUUGAUUUACAGCAUAUACCUCCUGACUGGGAAGUGUGACGUUACCACUUUCCAGCAGGACCUGAAACAAAAGGAAGAGCAUUUUGUUAGGAAAGUUCAGGUUUCAUCUCCGAACCAUUUUGGUUUUAUGUAAAAUAAAAGCUGACUUUGUUAGGUCUGAAAUAAAGAUUGGAUUUUACCUGUUUCGAA